CCUGAGCGAACGAACGAAAUUUCGGGAGUGCAAUGAGCUUAUUGUUAAAAAACUCUACCCGUGUGGGACUCAGAAAUCCAUCUAUUUUACUGCGUUCCUUCUGCGUAUCAUCUAGUGCUAAGGAAAGCAAUGCAACAGACGAACAUUAUGAUAUAAUCAUAGGCGGUGGUGGUCUAGUGGGAACUGCAUUGGCAGCAGCCUUAUCUAAAAAUAAGACCUUAGCCGAUAAAAGCAUACUACUACUGGAAGGAGCCCCACCCUUCAAGGGCUUCGAUGUCAGCAAACCAUAUGGUAAUCGUGUUUCCGCCAUUAACAAGAAAACCAUUUCUUUAUUCGAAUCUAUUGGCAUUUGGGAACGUAUGACAAAUGCACGUGUUAAGCCGGUUAAGCAAAUGCAAGUUUGGGAUGCAAAUAGUGAUGCUCUGAUAAAUUUCCAACACGAGCAUUUUGCCGACGAUGUGGCUUGUAUAGUUGAAAAUGACUUAAUGCUAGACUCCAUAUAUGGCCAAUUGAAGGAGAAUGCACCUAAUGUCAUGGUGCGCAAUCUUUCAAGAAUAUCUGACGUUAAAUUACCCAGCAAAACUGGUAAAAAUGUAUCGGAAGUUACUCUGCAGGGUGGUGAAAAAUUCUCUUGUGAGCUUUUAAUUGGAGCCGAUGGUGCCAAUUCAAUGGUGCGUAAAGAAAUGGGGGUUGAUGUUUACUCCAUGGAUUACAAGCGCAUGGGGCUUGUAGCGACUUUGGAAUUAGGCGAUGCUGGAGAUAAUUCUGUUGCAUGGCAAAGAUUUAUACCAACCGGACCAGUUGCUCUACUACCAUUAACGGAUAAAUUAAGUUCACUGGUGUGGAGUACAACAGUACCUCAUGCCAAGGAAUUGCUUAAUAUGUCGUCGGAAAACUUCGUCGAUGCUUUGAAUGAGGCUUUUUGCAAGGAAUAUCCCAAAAAUGAGGCGGCAGUCAAAGCUCUUGAUAUUCUGAACUCAAUGAUGGGUCGCAAUACAAAUACCUUGCGCCAAUAUCCUCCACGUGUCUGUGGGGUCUUAGACAAAUCUAGGGCCACAUUUCCUCUGGGAUUCUUACACGCGUCCUCGUACAUAUGUAGCGGUGCAGCAUUAAUUGGAGAUGCGGCCCAUCGCGUACAUCCUUUGGCCGGACAAGGUGUCAAUCUUGGUUUUAGUGAUGUCUCCUUUUUGGUGGAGUGCCUAGCCGAAGGUGCCUACGCAGGAGCCAAAUUGGGCGAUAAACAGUAUCUUAUGAAAUAUGAACAGCGCAGCUUAAUGAAAAAUGUACCUAUUUUAGUGGGUAUUCAUGGUCUACAUACACUAUACACUACCACCUUUAGCCCUGUGGUCUUUCUAAGGAGUUUGGGUUUACAAUUGACCAAUAAUAUACCGCAAAUAAAAGAUGUUUUCAUGAAGAGAGCCAUGGGCUGAAAGGGAAAUGGAUAUAAAGAGCUAAAGCUCUGCUCAGCUAUAUUAAAAUAAUUACUACAUAUACAUAUAUAUAAAAUUAAUUUGUUUAACGAUCAAUUUAUCGAUAUUUUCUAUUUUAUAACAAACACGAAUGUCUAUAAAUUUUUUUGGAAUAAAGGUGGUACUAUAUCUAAA